AUUGUGUGCAAUUUCCUACAAAUUCGUUACUUCUCUAUCAAACGCCAUCCAGUGAGGUUGGGAUGGUCUCCUGGAAAGAAUAAAGCAACGAAAAGUGAAAAAAAAGAAAGAAUAUUAAAAGAAGUGAAGUGACAAAAUACAAUUAAAAAAAGGACUAUUAAGGACUUGAUAGUUGUGUGGGAAAAUAAUAAUAAGGUGUUAAAAUUCUAAAACACAGCCACAAUGGGGUGUAACCGCAAUGCCCCAGUGCUGGUGUGGCUAGCGGUAGUGUUUGUAGCGUCGGCCGUUAUUCAAACAAACGCUGAGUUAACGCCACCAUAUUUCAAUUUAGCCACCGGACGCAAGAUUUAUGCCACGGCCACGUGUGGCAGUGACACAGAUGGACCCGAGUUGUACUGUAAAUUAGUUGGUGCCAAUACCGAAAACGAUCCAUUCGAUUAUUCGGUUAUUCAGGGUCAGGUCUGUGAUUACUGUGAUCCAACCAUACCCGAAAAGAAUCACUCACCCGAACAUGCCAUCGACGGCACUGAACAAUGGUGGCAAAGUCCUCCGCUAUCUCGUGGAAUGAAAUUUAAUGAAGUCAAUUUAACAAUUGAUUUUGGCCAGGAAUUUCAUGUCGCCUAUCUGUUCAUUCGUAUGGGUAAUUCACCACGUCCUGGUCUAUGGACUUUGGAGAAAUCAAGUGAUUACGGCAAGACAUGGACGCCGUGGCAACAUUUCUCCGAUACACCUGCCGAUUGUGAGACCUACUUUGGCAAAGACACUUACAAGCCCAUCACUAAGGACGACGAUGUUAUCUGUACGACUGAAUAUUCGAAAAUCGUGCCAUUGGAAAAUGGCGAGAUUCCCGUUAUGUUGUUGAACGAUCGUCCCUCGUCGACAAACUAUUUCAACUCGACGGUGCUGCAAGAAUGGACACGUGCCACUAAUGUGCGCAUACGCUUGUUGCGUACCAAGAACUUGUUGGGCCAUCUGAUGUCGGUGGCGCGUCAGGAUCCGACCGUGACACGUCGUUAUUUCUAUUCGAUUAAGGAUAUCUCGAUCGGCGGUCGUUGCAUGUGCAAUGGUCAUGCCGACACCUGUGACGUGAAAGACCCCAAGAGUCCGGUGCGCAUCCUGGCCUGUCGCUGUCAACACCAUACGUGCGGCAUUCAAUGUAACGAAUGCUGUCCAGGCUUCGAGCAGAAGAAGUGGAGGCAGAACACCAAUGCCCGACCCUUCGAGUGUGAGCCUUGCAAUUGCCACGGCCAUGCCAAUGAGUGCGUCUACGAUGAGGACAUCGAUCGCAAGAGCUUGUCGCUGGAUAUCCAUGGGCGCUAUGAGGGCGGUGGUCGCUGCUUGAAUUGCCAACACAACACCGAGGGCAUCAACUGCAACAAGUGCAAGGCGAAGUACUACCGACCAGCUGGAAAAUUCUGGAACGAAACUGAUGUGUGCCAUCCUUGUCAGUGCGACUUCUUCUAUUCCACCGGCCAUUGCGAAGAGGAAACUGGCCGGUGCGAGUGUCGCAAGGCGUUCCAGCCACCGGACUGCAAGUCCUGCGCCUAUGGCUAUUAUGGCUAUCCCAAUUGCCGCGAGUGUGAGUGCAAUCUGAAUGGAACCGACGGCUAUCACUGUGAGGCUGUCAACGGAGAGUGUCCGUGCAAGAUUAAUUUUGCUGGCCACUAUUGCAAACAAUGUGCCGACGGUUAUUACGCCUUCCCCGAAUGCAAAGCUUGUGAGUGCAACCAGGUUGGAUCCAUUAGCAAUGACUGCGACCUGGUAACGGGCCAAUGCAAGUGUUUGAGCAGCUUUGGAGGCGAGCGUUGCGAGCGGUGUAAGCACGGCUACUUCAACUAUCCCAAGUGUCAAUAUUGUGACUGCGAUGUUCAGGGCACCGAAGAAGAGGUGUGCAACAAAGAGAGUGGCACGUGUAUUUGCCGAGAAGGUUUUGGUGGGCCACGUUGCGACCAGUGUCUGCCCGGCUACUACAAUUAUCCCGACUGCAAGCCCUGCAAUUGCUCUGCCACCGGCAGUACAGCCAUCACUUGUGACAACUCCGGCAAGUGCAAUUGUCUGUCGAACUUUGCCGGCAAGCAGUGCACCCUGUGCAGUGCAGGCUACUUCAACUAUCCGGAAUGUCUACCUUGCAAUUGCGAUGUCCAUGGAUCUGUGGGCGUGACCUGCAAUGCGGACGGGCAGUGCUUGUGCCACCCCAACUUUGAUGGCAAACUGUGCGACACGUGCAAGGAAGGUUUCUACAACUUCCCCAGCUGUGAGGACUGCAAUUGUGAUCCCGCCGGUGUUAUUGACAAGUUUGCCGGUUGCGGUUCGGUGCCGGUGGGCGAACUGUGCCAAUGCAAGGAACGUGUUACGGGCCGUAUCUGCAACGAAUGCAUGCCUCUGUUCUGGAACCUAAACAUCUUGAAUCCUGAUGGCUGUGAGGUUUGCGACUGUUGGUCUGACGGCACCAUUGGCACCCUUGAUACGUGCGACUCAAAAACGGGUCAGUGUACCUGCAAACCCCAUACUGAUGGCCGCACCUGCAAGGAAUGUAAGGACGGCACCUACGAUUUGGACGGCUCGUCCCUGUUCGGUUGCAAGGACUGCAAUUGUGACGUUGGUGGUUCGUGGAUGAGCGAGUGUGACAAGACCACGGGCCAGUGCAAGUGCCAUCCCCGUGUCACCGGCCGCGAUUGUACGCAACCAUUGACGACGCAUUACUUCCCCACGUUGCACCAAUUCCAGUACGAGUAUGAGGAUGGUUCUCAGCCUUCGGGCGCCAAGGUGCGCUACCAGUACGACGAUGAAGUGUUCCCGGGCUACAGCAGCAAGGGCUACGCCGUCUUCAACGACAUCCAGAAUGAGGUGCGCUACGAAUUGAAUGUUUUCAAGUCUUCGGUGUAUCGGAUUGUCAUUCGGUACGUCAACUUGAACGACUUCAAUGUGACCGCCAACAUUUUGGUACAAUCGGAAAAUCCCCUAGAGGUUGAUCAGAAUGUCAAGGUGUUGUUGCGCCCAACCACAUCUCCGCAGUUUGUCACCGUUGCCGGUGAAAAGGGCAAGAAGCCAUCGGCUGUAGUUCUGGAUCCGGGCAAAUACAUUUUCACCACCAAAUGCAACAAGAACGUGAUGUUGGAUUACUUUGUCCUCCUACCGGCUGCCUACUAUGAGGCUUCAAUCCUGACUCGUAAGAUCCUAAAUCCCUGCGAGCUUGGCAACAUGGACUUGUGCCGACACUACAAAUAUGCUUCCGUAGAGGAUUUCAAACCGGCCGUCCAACCCUAUGUCCUCAAUCCCAAGGGCAAGCCUACAAAUCCUUUGGAUUUCUAUAACGAUCCCGACCACUUGACGAUCAUCAACCAUGUCGGUGAAAUUCCGAUGCUUACCUCCGAUCAGCUGGAACUGUACUAUCUGGUGGAGGUGCCGCGUAGUGGCAAGUACAUAUUCGUCAUCGACUAUGUGAGCGAACGUAGCUAUGCCGAACCCGGUUAUAUUAAGCUGCGUGUUGGCGAUGACCUUGACAAUUAUGGUUCUACCUCGGUCUAUCCCUGCCUCUACUCGAUGGCUUGCCGCACCCCCAUCAUUGACGAGCAAAUUCGCGAGAAGGUAUUCUACAUCGACAAAGAGGAGGAUAAGCCCGUGGUCGUUUAUGCCGACUUUGAGGAGAACGAGAAGAUUGCCAUAAUUUCCGUAACGGCUAUACCAGCCGAAGAGUGGUCCACCGACUACAUUACCCCCAGCCCGGUGUGCGUGAUGAAUAAGAACCAAUGUGCAGCACCCAAGUUCCGAUCAGUUCCCGACUCGAAGAAAAUUGAAUUCGAAAGCGACCAUGAGGACAGGAUCUCCUGGAACAAGCCGCCGUAUGCCGUGCUAGACGACAAGGUGAAACUGGUGCACCUGGACAAUGCAGAGGAGUCGUCCAUUGUCAUCGAAUCCAAGGUGUCGGAGCCGGGCCGUUAUGUUAUACUGGUCAAGUACUAUCAGCCAUAUCAUCCAAAGUUCAAGGUAAUGUACACCCUGACAGCUGGAAAGAACCAGUAUGAUGGCAAAUUCCACAUCAACCACUGUCCGUCCAGUUCAGGCUGUCGCGGCGUAAUACGUCCUAAUGGCGAUGAAUGGUUCGACAUUGAGGACGAGUUCAAGUUCACCAUCACCAACAACCGGCCACAGGGAGUGUGGUUGGACUACCUGGUUGUAGUGCCUGUGGACCAGUACAAUGACGACUUGUUGGAGGAGGAGACUUUUGACCAGACCAAGGAGUUCAUUAAGGAGUGUGGUCAAGAUCAUUUCUACAUUACCCACAACGCCUCGGACUUCUGCAAGAAGGCUGUCUUUUCGUUGACGGCGGACUACAACAGCGGAGCUUUGCCUUGUAACUGUAAUUAUGCCGGAUCCACCAGCUUCGAGUGCCACCCCUUCGGUGGUCAGUGCGAAUGCAAACCAAAUAUCAUUGAGCGCCAAUGUGGGGCCUGUAAGACCGGUUUCUACGGCUUCCCCGACUGCAAACCCUGUGACUGUCCCAGCACGGCCAUGUGCGAGCCCCACACCGGCGAGUGUGUCUGCCCUCCCAAUGUCAUCGGCGAGCUGUGCGACAGAUGUGCCCCUAACACCUACGGCUUCCAUCAGAUUAUCGGCUGUGAACCCUGUGACUGCAACUAUUUGGGCAUUGUCGAUGGAAAGACUCAAUGCGACGCCUUCAACGGUAGCUGCGAAUGCCGUGCCAACAUUGAGGGACGCGCCUGUGAUGAGUGCAAGAAUGGAUUCUUCGAUUUCCCCCAGUGCGAGCAGUGCUCCUGCAACAUUGCCGGCACAGAGCUAGAGGUCUGCGAUAAGGUCGACGGUACUUGCUUCUGCAAGAAGAAUGCCAUUGGUCGGGACUGCGACCAGUGUGUGGAAGGCACGUACAAUUUACGAGAGUCCAAUCCAGAUGGUUGCACGCCGUGUUUCUGUUUCGGCAAGACGUCUCGUUGCGAAAGUGCGUACCUGAAGGUGUACAAUGUUAGCCUGUUGAAGAAGGUCUCCUUGAACACAGCCCAGUUUACGCCUAAGUCGAUUGACUUUUCAAUUUGGGAAAUUCCCCCAGAGGAUUUGCUGAUCAAUGAAACAAUGUUACAGGCCGACUUUUCGCUGAACGAGAUCGACGAUGACUCAAUCGUGUAUUUUGGGGUUUUGGACUAUCUGAUGAACCAAAACAGCCACAUUUCAGCCUACGGCGGUGAACUGGGUUACUCCUUGUACUACACCACCGGACUUUCCGGCAAACCAAUGACGGCUCCCGAUGUCAUACUGUUCAGCAAGGACAGUGUCUUGGUGCACCAGAGCUACGAGCAGCCCUCUAGCAAUCAGAUGUUCAAAAAUCGCGUAGAAAUGGUGGAGAGCAAUUUUAUGACCCAAGAUGGCAAAACUGUUAGCCGUGCCGACUUCAUGAUGGCCUUACGGAAUCUCGACAUGAUCUAUAUUCGUGCCAACUAUUGGGAACAAACGCUAUUGGCACAGCUGUCGGAUGUCUACCUGACCCUCGCCGACGAGGAUGAGGAUGGCAACAUGGACGACUACUCAUUUUUGGCUGUUGAAAAGUGCCAAUGUCCUCCAGGUUACUCUGGCCUGUCCUGCGAAGACUGUGCUCCCGGCUAUUAUAGGGACAAUUCCGGACCUUACGGUGGAUACUGUGUUCCCUGCGAAUGCAAUGGUCAUGCCGAAACAUGCGACUGUGCGACCGGCAUUUGCCAGAACUGCCAGCACUCGACGACCGGUGACCACUGCGAAAUGUGUAUUGAGGGUUAUCAUGGGGAUGCCACCUAUGGCUCGCCUCAUGACUGCAUGAUAUGUGCCUGUCCCCUGCCCAUUCCCAGCAAUAAUUUCGCAACAGGCUGUGAAAUCUCGGAGUCUGGGGACAAGAUCCACUGCGAGUGCAAGCCCGGCUAUACCGGACCCAAGUGCGAGUCCUGCUCCAACGGGUAUUAUGGAAAUCCCCAGAUUCCCGGAGAUUACUGUAAACCUUGUGACUGUUCGGGUAACAUUAAUCUCUCCGAGCCAGGGUCCUGCGACACAAUCACUGGUGAAUGCCUGCGGUGUUUGAACAACACAUUCGGUGCUGCCUGUAACUUGUGCGCUCCAGGUUUCUACGGCGAUGCCAUUAAGUUGAAGAAUUGCCAGACUUGCGAUUGCGAGGAGCUGGGUACUUUGGAGUGCGAUCCGUUCGAGGGUAGCUGCAAGUGCCACGAGAACGUGAUUGGCGAACGCUGCGACAGGUGCGAACCUGAUCAUUACGGUUAUGACUCUGGGCUAGGAUGUCGUUCGUGUGACUGUGGCAUUGCCUCGAACUCGACGCAGUGCGACGAGCACACGGGCAAGUGCGCCUGUAAAACGGGUGUUACUGGCCGUCAAUGCGACCGCUGUGCCACCGACCACUGGAACUACUCCAAAGACGGUUGCACCCCUUGUAACUGCAACCAAGGAUAUUCUCGAGGAUUUGGCUGUAAUCCCUUCACCGGCCAGUGCGAAUGUUUGCCAGGUGUCAUUGGCGAUCGUUGCGAUAACUGCCCGCACAGGUGGGUUCUGAAGAAGGACGAGGGCUGCUUCGAAUGUGACAACUGCCACCAUGCCCUGCUGGAUGUCACGGAUCGUCUGCGCUAUCAAAUCGAUCCCUUGGUUAAUGAGUUCCAAUCGGUUGCUCUUGCCUUCUUCACAAGUCAGAAGCUGAGUUAUUUCGAAAAUCUGACCGAUGCUAUAGCCCCUGAGGUGCAGAAUCUGGAUCCAAAGAGUGUCAACUUGGAGCCGUCGCGCAUUAUGGUUUCCGAGGUGGAAAACGAGGCCAAGCAGUACGCCAAGCAAGUGAACUUGACCUUGGAGAACGCCGAAGAGAGCCGCAAGCAAGCUAGCGGUCUCCUGCAAAACGUUACCAGCAUCAGUGAUUUGGUAACGACGAGCGUAAACGAAGCUGUCGACGCCAUCAAUGCCGUGGAUGCAUUGUCGCGCAACCUGGAAACGGCGGCCAGUACCAAAAUCGACUCGGCCCUCCGAGAUGCCCAAGGUUUGUUGCAGGCCAUCAAUGAGACCUCCAUCGAUUUGAAGCGCAAUGGUUUGGUGUUGGAUAGAGCCACCGAAUUGCUGAAUGAAACCACACUGGUCAUCUCGCCAAUAAAUAAGCAAAGCAAGCUGCUGAAUUCGCUGAAGGAUGACAUUGGCGAAUUCAGUGACAAACUGGAGGAUCUGUACAACUGGAGUCAAGAGGCAUCACGCCAGGCUGACGAAGUGGAAAAGCUAAAUAAUCAUAACAAACAGCAAUUCGAGAACUCGAAGUUCGAUGCGGUCAGUGAUCAGCAGAAGGAGGCCGAGAAACACAUCAAAGAAGCCGCUGACCUCCGCAUGAAUGGUCUGUUCGGCUUAACGAACAUCGAGGAGAAAAUCGGAGACUUGGCCGAUGUACUAAACAAUCUGCAAGACCUUAAUAAGCAAAUCGAUGUCGCUUUGCCAACAUUGGAAGAUCAGCAUCUCGAAGCUUUGAACUUGACUGAAAAAGCUGAGUUCCGGGCAUUGGAAUUGUCGAAUAGGGCCCAAGAUCUCUCUGAGCAAUACGCCGCGCUGACCGCAUCGUCUGAGCCCGCCAUUAAGGCUGCUACAGCCUAUAGUGGAAUAGUUGAUGCCGUAACGUCGGCCCAGCAAUUUACUAAAGAGGCCAAAUACGCUGCUGGCAAUGCCACCAAAAUUACAGAGGGUAUAGAAGGUAGCGCCGGUCUGGCAGACAAAGAUUCGGCAGAGCUUCUCCAGGCGGCCAGGGAUUCCUUGCACAAGGUGCAGAGUGAACUGGAACCACGUCUCAACGCCUCCGCCUCCCAGGUGGAAGCCAUAUCCAAACUGAAUGAGAAAACCGAGAAGAGGUUGGCCGAUAUCAAUACCCUAAUGAAAGCCUUGCCCGCCGACUCACAACGCGAUUUGUGGAAGAACUCGAACCAAAAUGCCACCGAUGCUCUGGAAAUCAUGACCGAGGUAUUGACUAUUUUGGAGCCCGUCGUAAAGCAAACACCAAAGGAGUUGGAGAAGGCCCGCAACAUUUCCAGGGACAUUGACUCGACCAACAAGGACAUCACCCACGUUCAAAAUCAAUUGGACGCUGUGGAGGAAUCGAUCUCUUCGCUGCUGGACUUGGCUGAAGGCGUUGAGCAACAGCAGGCUGAAGUUGAGCGAGCUUCCCAGAACGUGGGCGAAGAGAUCGAGAAUUUGAAACGUCAAAUUGAAACAGCCCGUCAAAUUGCCAAUGACAUUAAGGUAGGCGUCAAGUUCGGCACCAGCACUGUUUUGGAAUUGAAGGCACCCGAAACUCUGCCCCUUCUGGCCACCCAAACCAAAGUCUCCACCUAUUUCAAGACCAACAACACCAAUGGCUUCCUACUGUUCCUGGGUAACGACAACAAGACCGCCACGGCCCAACCAUCAGCCUCUAAGAAUAACGACUUCAUGGCCUUGGAAAUCGUCAAUGGCUAUCCCAUACUCACAAUUGACUUGGGUAAUGGCCCUGAACGCGUUACCAGUUCGAAAUACGUGGCUGACGACGAAUGGUAUCAAGCGGUGGUAGAUCGGACGGGACCCAAUGUCAAGUUGACCAUACGUGAGGAGCUGGACAACAAGGAGGUUCAGGAACACGAAACGCAAGAGGUACUCCUGGGAGCCAACAAUGUAUUCAACGUUGACCGCAACAGUCGUUUGUUUGUUGGCGGAUUGCCACCUCCAGCCGAUUUUACACCUCCCGAAGACAUCCGCACAAGCUCCUUUGUGGGUGAUAUGGAAGACUUACGCAUCGGCGACGAGCACGUGGGUCUGUGGAACUUCGUGAACGGCGAAUCGAACAAUCAAGGAGCAUUCCCACGCAACAAACUGGUCACGGAAGAAGUGCCGCCGACCGGCUACCGUUUCAAUGGCAACGGCUAUGUCGCUCUAAAGGCAACGCCGUUCAGCUUCAAACAAAGGUCCAGCAUCACAUUCAAUUUCAAGGCCUCCAAGGACACCAAGGACGGCCUGUUGUUCUUCUAUGGCCGCAACAAUCAGUUUAUGUCCGUGGAAAUGUCCAACGGUGCCAUAUUCUUCCGCUAUAAGUUGGGCGACCAUGUCGUGUCCACCGGUAGCAGUGACAAGUACAACGACAACCAGUUCCAUCAUGUCGUUGCCGAAAGGGACGGUCGUCGCGGUCUACUCAAGGUCGAUGACCAACUGAUGAUCCAAGAGGAGAUUCCAGCUCACGUCGAUGAUACGAUGCCCGCCCUGAAACGCAUGUUCUUCGGUGGUUUCCCAGGCAAACGAAACAACAGUCUGAUCGUUGAGCAAAACUUUGACGGCUGCAUCGACGACGUUACGAUAUCCGGUGUAAAGGUGGAUCUAGGUCAGCACAUCAAUGCAGUGGGCGUCAAGCCUGGAUGUCCCAACAAAUUCUCCACGGUGUUGGCUUACCCGCCGCAUGAACACGGCUACCUGAAGGCCAACAACAUAAGCUCCGACAACAAUUUGAAUAUAAAUCUGAAGUUCAAAACCCGACAAAAGGAUGGCGUCCUGUUGUACGGCACCAAUCACGAUCAAAGCUCCACUAUAAGUCUGGCCGUGAAUGACGGAUUCUUGGUCCUGAGAAGCAUGGGCAGUGAAUUGGUUUCGGAUAUGCACCGCCUUAACGACGGAGAGGAGCACGUUGUGACGAUACUACACGAUGACACCCAAUUACGGCUGUCCAUAGACGACGUGGAGGACAAACGCUUGACUUAUCCACCGCAACCCCUCUAUAUAUCCGCGGGAUCGGUCUUCUUUGGUGGUCUGCCUGAAGACUUUGUGCCCGUACGAAAUGGUUUGGCCAACCAAGCCUACUUUGUAGGAUGCAUUAGCGACGUCACUGUCAAUGGCCAGAUCAUCAACUUUGCCGACAGCGUGGAGAAGAAGAAUGGCAAUAUAAACGGUUGUCCCAGCGAUAUAUUGGCCUAUGACGUUAGCGCUGUUCCGAUCUACUAUCCGGGCGCUGCCAAUGAGUUGAAUAAGCCGCCAGUAACGAUAAUAGGACAUGAAGUCCCGCAUUCGCCCACUGUCCUGACGACCCACGCACCACCGACAAUGGCACCAGAGACUACCACCACUGCCAGGGCCAUUGCCACCACACCCACAACUACAACAACCACCACCACGACGACGACGACAACAACCACCUCCACCACUACCACAACGACCACUGAACGGCCAUUCAUUAAGCCCGACUUAUUCGACGAGUCUGACAAUGAGUUCGACACAGUUCUGGUCCGUAAACCGGAAAUUGCGCGCCCUCGCAAUCAACCGGAAGAUCCUCGAUGCAAACUGCCAACCAAUCCUAAUUACGACGUUGACUUCUCGGAAGCCGGUUAUCGCUUCUUCUCGUUACGGGAGCAGCGCUUGGAAAUUCCCAGUUUGAGCAUGAAGCUGCGCAAGCACUACGACAUUACGCUGACUUUCCGCACAAAGGAGAACAAUGGCAUCCUCUUCUAUGCCGCGGACAAACACCAGAGUGAUUUUGUGGCCCUCUAUCUGCACGAGGGACGAGUUUUCCACGCGGUACAGCUGGGAACCGAAAAGAUCAUUGUCAACAGCACUGCCGAAUUCAAUGACGACACAUGGCACACCGUGCAAAUCAUUCGCACCCAGCGCCGAGUCAGUUUGUUCGUUGACGAAGAGGAACAGCUGCCGUCGUUCGAAUUGGAGGAACGCAACAUCCAUGUCAUCAAUAUCGUCUUCCCGCUGUAUGUCGGUGGCGUGCCGAAACAUAUCGAAGAGAUGGCCCACAACAAUGUCGAAUUCAAGGAUGUAUCCAAGUUCUUCAACGGUUGCCUCAGGGAUCUGAAAUUCAAUGGCAUGCCGCUGGAACAAGAGCCCCAGACAUUCUUGGUGGUUCCCUGCUCCGAUGAGGUGGAAGAGGGCCUGUUCUUCAACAAGCCAACUGGUUUCGUCAAACUCUUCGAACGCUUCUCGGUGGGUACUGACUUCAGUUUGAGUUUCGAAUUCCGCCCACGUGAGCCGGACGGUCUGUUGUUCUCGGUGCACGGCAAGAGUUCUUAUUUGAUUUUGGAACUGGUGGACAAUACCCUGUGGUUCACAGUCAAGUCGGAUCAGAAGAACAUUGUCACGACCAACUAUACCCUGCCGGAUAAUGGCAGUUUCUGCGAUGGAAAGUGGCGCAAUGUGCAGGCGGUUAAAUCGAAGUUCGUCAUCACCAUAUCGGUGGAUUGGAUAUCGGCUAAGCCGGGUGUUGGUCAAGAGGGCUCCACUGUAACCAAGACCAAUCGACCCCUGUUCAUGGGUGGCCAUCAAGCCUUCAACAAGGCGCCAGGUUUGAAGACGCGCAAGACAUUCAAGGGCUGCAUGCGCAAGGUGCAGGUGAAUAAGCGUCCUGUGCGAAUAACCUCAAAUCUCAUCUAUGGCGAGAUUUGGAAGGAUGUGUGUCCUUCGAAUUAAACGAACGAAAAAUGUAAACGAGAAUUAACACGACAAAUAAGAAAAACAAACCGAUGACGACCACUGCUUAACGACGAAGGCCGAACGAUUUAUGACAACGAGACAGAAUUGAUGCCGAGGAUAAAUGCCGACAGUCCCUCUGUUGGAUACCUCGUACUACUUUACUAUAAUUUUUUAGUUUAUUGUUUUCUUUAAUGACAGUUUGAGCCGUAGCACAGCUAGAGGAGCAUUGCAGGUGCAGUCGCAGUGCCAGUAGGCUGGUUCGGUGUCGGUUGCGAAUGGUCGAUAUUAAUAUUCUGAAGUGAGCGAGGUACCUCCAAAUUGCCGAGGUUUUAAAAAAUACGUUUCAUUAAUUGGUUCCUGGGCAAUGUUUGCUUAAAUGGUACACUCCUAUCCGUGCAAUAGCACACCGAUCUUUAGUCAUUGCGAGUGCAAUUCAAUGUGAAACUUAUUUUGGAUUUCGCGUGCUUUGUUUGCUGCGACUUUACUUAGUUGAGCUACGGUCGCAGACAUGUCUUCUAUACUUAUCUUUUUCUAUUUUUGUUUUUUUUUUCAUUUACUUUUACUGUUGUUCUACGAAUUUUCAUACGAAGAUGUUUAUAGCGAAGGGUUUUAAGAGACAAUAUGCUCGCUUAAAAUCGCUCGCUUGUGUCUUCCGCAGCAUAGAACAGCCGGAAUAAGGGCAUUGUCAAUUUCAACUCUUUAACCGCAACCGUUAAUCCGUUUUAUUUUAUUGAGAUUUUCAAAAUGUGUGGAAUAAAUCCAAACCGAAAAAUACAAUCAUGUUUAUAAAUGCCAUAGCAGUUGUUUGAUGCAUUGAAAGAUGAUUACGUUUGUUUUCUGCCAGCCCAGUUGCUGUUAAGCGAAAUUCUGUGUUGCGGGUAAAUGCAAUUCAUAGAUCUAGGUCACAUUGUUCAAAUAUCUUUCACACAUCAUUGGGUGUGUACAGAUAUUCGAGCCUUGUGGAGAACGCUUUAUAAUUUGUACUUGUAUCUUUAUUUUCCCAAAUAUGUGCCAAAAUAUAUGUAUGUGUACCGUAAGAUUACUUUUUGCUUCAAUAAAACAUAAUUCAUAAUAAA